CGUGCAGAGAGCGGUCACGGUGAUCUCAAGCCAGUUAGCAUUGCCUGCUUCUCGAGGAAAGAGGUGUUGCGUUCGAAGUGAGCAGACGCUUGUGAUGAGCUGACUCACGUGCAUCCCACAUUUUCCGCCCUUCUCUCGGAUUAAUACUCAAUUUGAGAUGGCUAAAAGAUCGUUAUUUCUACUAUUUGCUGCGUACCUGGUGCUGACCUGUGGCGCCAAUUCGACCGAAGAGACUCCUGAAGAUGCCGAGGUGACAACCAUCAAAAGCCCGUACGUGCCGGCCCGCGAGCCGCCACCACCAAGCCCCACCACCACCACCACCACCAAAAAAGUGGCACCAACCACGGAGGCCGUGGACACAACCAAACCGGUCAUCGUGAUGGCCAAAAGUGCCUCCUUCCGCCCCUCACCCCAAAUCGAGUCUCGAUCAGACACAUUCACUGGCAACGAGCCCACCUACAACGUCGUGCUGGGUUCCUCACUUCCUGAGGAGUCCGCUGAGGCUCCCCCUCUGCUGCCCAAAGUCCGCCUUCACAAUCAGCUGCCCAUAGCCCCUCCUCAGCUGCCAAAACAGGUGCAAAGGCCGCAGCAAUCCGUGGCAGCAAGCGGCACUCGCAACCUGUACGUGCCUUACGGCCUGGCGGCACCCGUCAAUGUCAAGCAGCCUAUUAUCAGGACUCCGGUGGUUCGUCGUGUGCCAAUUGAGACUUUGAAGCGGCCAGUGAGGCAUCCUGGACCCCGACCAGCAAUCAGACCACCUCAGAAGCCGCACCUGAUUUACUCCAAACCACCACCAGAGGUGGUCUACUAUGGCAACGAGCCUCCUCCUCUUGACUACGAGCCACCAGCAAUUUACCGAUCGCGACACCGUCCCUCGCCCUCAGCCUACUAUUCGAAGCCAAUCCCGCCAGAAGACGAGGAAGACAUCAUGAACAUCCUGGACCACUACAUCCCCGAUGAAGACCCCUAUCAAGUCCAAAAGAAAGAAGGGUCGUCCGGGGGCAUAUCGCGAUUCAUGUUUCCCAUGAUGCUGAUGGGAAUGACCGUCAAUCUCUUCUCGUUCAUGUACAACUUCUUGCUACGGCGCCGACGCCGACGCCGCCGCGACCUCGGAGGACAAACUGAGGAGAACGAUGAGCCGCAAGUUCUGCAAUUUGUGCUCGAUGCUCUCGAAAGGUUUGCUGCUGAAGAGGAGAAGCAAUGAAAGACCUCUAGUUUUCAAUCAAAUUCAUGAUAUGCUCAAAAAUCUGAAUAUAUGAAGUGUGGCAUCAACACCGCAAGUUUCACCUCAAAUUAUUUAUUGUAGGAUGUAAGAUAGUGCGUGCGUAUUUAAGAGUGUUUCUUGGUGUCGUGGAAAUAUAGGUCUAUUUAGAAUGUGUGUGCCAUGUGACUUUAAUCUGUAGCAUUACCGGUUGUGAAAUGAAGCCCGCUGCUAAAUUUUGUAAAUCAAAUAAUUGGAUCAAUUCGUCCAAUAUGAAGAUAAUCAAAGAUCAAGGAACAAAUAAUAACUGCACUUCUUGCUGCACUUUUUUAUAGAAUUUAAAUAUAUUCAUGAGAUUUUCAUCACGUACUCUUGUUAGGUGUAAUGCAUCGAUUUGCGAAUGCCGCGUGCACAAACGUGUGACAUACUUUUUGCUAUCCACGUAAAUAUUUUAUCCACGAAAUGUACAGCAAUAAAGAGAUUGAGGCAGAAUAA